UGUUGCCACGGCAACAUAUAACAACACUACCGCUAAACCCAGCUGCGUUAAAAACGCUGCUUUAAAACCUGGAUUAAAACCAGUUUCUCCUUUGUUUGUGGCAUGUUUUAAGAAAUAAUCUUUAAAAUUACGUAUUUUUCUUUUUCCUCUUUGACAUAAUGAGUCAGCGACAGAUUAUUCAAGUUUUUGAGCAGUACCAGAAAUCCAGGAUGCACUUUGUGCAAACUGUUGCUGAUCUGGCGACCAGACCACAGAAUACAGAAAUCCUCCAGAAUGCAGGAGUGAUGCCCAUGCUCCAUUCCCUGAUGUUGGACACGGUCCCGAGCAUCCAGCAGACGGCAGCUUUGGCUCUGGGUCGCCUGGCAGAACACAGUGACAGCCUGGCUGAAGCUGUGGUAAAAGAGGACAUCCUGCCCCAGCUGGUCCAGUCCUUGGCCUCACAGAACAGAUUUUAUAAGAAGGCAGCAGCAUUUGUUCUGCGCGCUGUGGCAAAACACUCUCCCGAGCUGUCCAAGGCUGUGGUUGACUGCGGGGGGGUUGAUGCUCUGGUUCUCUGCCUAGAGGAGUUUGACCCUGGGGUGAAGGAGGCCGCCGCCUGGGCUCUGGGCUGCAUCGCACGACACAAUGCAUCUCUGGCCCAGUCGGUUGUGGAAGCAGGAGCGGCCCCCCUGCUGGUGUUGUGCCUUUUGGAGCCCGAGAUGGCCCUCAAACGCAUCGCAGCCUCCACACUCAGCGACAUCUGCAAACACACACCAGAGCUGGCCCAGACCGUGGUAGACACCGGCACCAUCGCACACUUGGCACAGAUGAUCCUCAGCCGGGACGCCAAGCUCAAGAGGCAGGUGUUCUCCGCCCUCAGCCAGAUAAGCAAACACUCGAUCUGCCUGGCCGAGAUGGUGAUCGAGGCCGAGGUCUUCCCCGCAGCCUUCGUCUCCCUCAAAGAUCCAGAUGAGUACGUCAGGAAGAAUGUUGCAACCCUGAUGAGGGAGGUGGCGAAACAAACGCCAGAGCUGUCCCAGCUGAUCGUGAACUGUGGUGGGCUGUCAAAGAUGAUCGACUACCUGGGAGAGAGCCGUGGACAGCCGCGGCUACCGGGGAUCAUGAUGCUGGGAUAUGUGGCGGCUCACAAUGAAAGCCUCGCCAUGGCUGUCAUUCUCUGUAAGGGGGUGCCCCAGCUGGCCCUGUGCCUCUCAGAGGAGCAGGAGCAGAUCAUCAAGACGGCCACAGUGUGGUCAAUAGGUCAGAUAGGUCAUCACACCCCUGAGCAUGCCAAGGCAGUGGCCACAGCAGGCCUGCUGCCCAAACUGCUGGAGCUCUACAUGGAUGCCAGCAGCUCAGAGGACCUACAGGCCAAAAGUAAGAAGGCCCUGGAGAACAUCCUAAAGAAGUGCAGCUACAUCCCAGCUCUGGAGCCGUUUCUCUACGACGCUCCCAGCAACAUCCUCAAACAUGUUGUCUGCCAGUUCAGCAAGGUGCUCCCUCAUGACAGCAAGGCCCGCCGUUUGUUUGUGACCAGCGGAGGACUGAAGAAAGUCCAAGAGAUCGAUGCUGAGCCGGGCUCCGCUCUGCAGGAGUACAUCAAAGCCAUCAACAGCUGCUUCCCUGAGGAAAUAGUCAGGUACUACUCACCUGGCUACUCAGAGGUCCUGUUGCAGCAGUUAGACACCUACCAGCCGGCGUGAAAUCACUUCACAGUCCUCCUCCUGCUACACAAUAAAUAAACCUGUUUGUGCCUUACAAAUCUAAGUGAUCUUAAUAAAACAGAUUCAUUUGAUGAA